AUUUCCAGGCAUACAAAACUGUUGUCAACACCAUAUAGAUAUAGAAAUAGGGAGGCAAAUUAUGCGCUCAAAGCGAAGGUGCUUAGGAUGUGAUUGCCGGCAUCUCCUAUAAUGUUUCCAGUUUCGGGGGUUUUACUGUAGCCGCCUCAAACUCGCCGGCCGAGCAUCGAUUGCCGGUCAGGAAACGUGGGCAAUCACACCCGGCCUACUCCCUAAUCAUUCCUGCCAAAUGGGCCAUCCGAUAAUACUUGAGCUGAAUUGAUCGAAUUCCUCUGUGAUCUAUUUUCAUCGCGCUUGUUCCUCCUUGACAAUACUCAUCAGGCAUUGAGGUGGAAAUUCGAAGGGACACCCAAUGCAGACCUCCAACUUCGAGCCGAUCGCCGUCAUCGGAUUUGGCCUUAAGCUCCCUCAACAAGCAUCGACGCCAGAAGGCUUUUGGGACCUUCUCAUCCAAGGCCGUUCGGCGCGUACAGAAACCCCUGCUGAUCGGUUCAAUGCCGAGGCUUUCUAUAAGGCAACGGCUACUGGUGACAGGCAAAGAGUGGGCACAGUAUGUUAAAAGAUGAAUGUGUAGUAUGAGAGUUGGGCAGGGAAUAAUGAUAGGUACAGAUAAAAACCAGACAUGGGCAUUACAUUGCCGAAUCCUUGG